AUGCGGAUGGCUCCGAGGCUGUCCCUCAACGCGGAGACGGGACGAGGCAGCGUGGUGCGAUUGGGGCUCGGCGUGUGCACUAUCUUCGUCGCGCUGCCGUGGAGCCUCGCCCGUGGCGAUCGAGAAUGGUGGAGCUCACUGCGCGGCAGCAGGGAUGAGAUCGAGACGCUGAGGGCCCAGCUGGAGCGGCUGCGCCUGGAGGGGGAGGCGAGCGGCGGCGCGGCAGAGCACGCCGAG